AUGGGUGGAGAUUUUGGACAGCUAAAAACUGACAUCCGUGGAGUUGUUACCACCAAAUUGUCUCCAUUUGAGCAGAAAGCAUUCAAAGGACUCUUUUCUCAUGGAGUUCCCAAUGCCAUUAAAAGGACAGCCUCUAAUAUACCAUACAUCGUUCCACCAAUGAUUAUUGGUUAUAUUGUCUACGAUUGGGCUGUGCAUGCCCAUCAUGAAAGUUUGAGGAAGAACCCUGCUGAUUUUGCCAAUGAUCAAUAA